GUUAGGCUCAAACAAUUGGCGCCCACCGUGGGGUCAAGUAGAGAAGCAAAGAAAAAUCCCAAAGAAAAUUAACCUAUGGCAGAGCACAACUCCAACUCACCUGACGAAUCAACCCCGAUCAAGGCCAUGACCAACGCAAGGGAAUUCGCGGUAGCCAGCAAUCUCAACAUGGUGCUCUUAGAAGAGGAAGAGCCCGAGCUCACAGCCAGAGAAAUGAGACAGCUGAUGGCGAAGCAGAACGACGUCAUAGCCAACAUGCAGAAACAGAUAAGCAGGUCAUGGCGCUCAUGAUGAGCAAAGAGGUCGCGGCAACAGCGGGCGCGACACCAUCCGCGCCAUGGACAGUCCUACCUGCGCAACCCGCGCACGAAGCGCAACAAGUCGAGCUCACAGCAAGCGCGACACCAGUCGCGCCCCAACAAGCCCGCGGAGAAACGUCGGGAACGUUCCCGCAAUUACACCUCGUGCAUGAAACACAGCCAGCUGAACCUCCAGGAAGGGCGGAUCUCAGCUUUCUAGAGCAACACCUAUCUCCGCAAUACCGACUCAGCGCGCCCAAGAAGGAGCUCCACCAGCCGCUGAGCGCGGAAAUCAUGGCGGAACACCUGAGCGGAAUGCCACCCGCCCUCCCGACAUACAACGGGACGACCGAUCCCGAAGAUCACGUGAGCACUUUCUGCCUGCGGAUGCAGCUCCAGACCAACUCCAACGCGACACUAUGCCGA